GCGUUCCUCAGUCUCGCUUCACGCGUCCGGAGAGCUGCAUGUGAAGUGGUGGUCGUGCGCGUUCCUCUCCCGCGGACGUUCGAGGUGUGCAUAUUCACUUCGAAUUUCGACUGAACAUUAAGACACCGGGACGGAAUGGCGAUCUCGUUUCUCUGAAAAGUAUCCAGAGCGAGACACGACCGAGCGAUCUGGAGAGAAUGACAUAGGACGAACGGCAGUAUGUGUUAUGUGAUAGUCACCGGACGCAGCCUGCUGUGGACGCUCUUGUCUCUGACGGCGUUGAUGGCCGUUUUAUCGGGCCUCAUCACUCCAAGAUGGCUCGUCGGGCCACCAACGUUUAAAGACACGAGAAAUGGCACGGAACUCUACACACCCACUGUCGGGAUCUUCAAUCGCUGCACAAGAUUGUACGGCAGGUCGCAUUGCGCGAACUUCAACGUGGACGGCCUGGCGACGGACUCGAAUGUUUUCCCAGGAUGUUGGAAGGCUUCCUUGUUCUUCUUGUCCUUAGGUUUGGCGGUGAUGUCGAUUACUGUGAUAGCCGCUCUGCUGGGAUGCUGUGUGCAGAGUAUCGGCCGCAAGAGCAUCUUCAAUUUGGCGGGUGUGGCGCAAGCCGUAGCUGGAAUAUUGUAUCUCUUCGGGAUGAUCCUGUAUCCUGCGGGUUGGGGCGCCGAGAGGGUGCAGAGGAUCUGUGGUCCUGAGGCCGACGCUUUCUAUCUCGCCAACUGCAGUCUUGGUUGGGCCUUUUACAGCGCGACGAUCGGCGUCGUGCUCACCUUCCUCUGCGCGGUUUUCAGCGGACAGGCGGAGAAGUCGACCGCCAGCGACAAGAUUCAGGACAAAAUGAAUGAAGGGAAGACCCUGAUAUGCUUAGCCUGAGCAAACCAGCGAAGGGGUCGACCUCGCUAACCGAUAUGUCGGUAAGGAUCGCUCACAAGAAGGACCGAUGGGAAACCGGAAAUGUUCAACUCAUUGUGUUCGAACUAAAAUUGUUGUCGACCAAAUUAUACUCGCGUUCUCGAAUACAAAGUAUCUAUGAUCGAGCGUAAUUAAUCGCGAAGAGGACCUGCGGUAUUCGUCGAAUCCUGUAUUUUAUAUUCUGUCUCUCUUUGUGUCGCAAAGAAAUAUAAAUGAAUCACCGUCACCACAAACAUUUGUCUUCUAUCUGCUCGAUACAAGUGAAUCGUGUCGAGAGAGAUGCAGCGUUCCCUCCUCCCACACUGCCGGUUUCCGUUGUCCCAGUUUGUGUGUGCGAUACAUCAGUGAGUCUGAUAAAUUGAUAAAUAAUGGAAUUUAUUCGUUUUAUUCUUAUUUAUCAACAGAUUUCAUGUGAAAUUCGAUCAAACAUAUAAUUUAAAUAGAUACAUAAAAUUGUUGGCUGUGUCAGUCGAUUAUAUACACAUGUAUAAAUAAUGAAGGCACCAAGGGAGUCAACAAUCAAUAAAUUACACAGAUGAAUUUUUCUUUUUACAAAAAACUUUCGACAAAAGAAACCGAGAGAUAAUGACAUUGAUAACGCGAACGCGAGUACGAGAGUCGUGGUUACGGCGACCACGCGUGCUCGUGAAUUACUUUACUUAGGUAUGAUAGUGUUAUUUGGUUGAUGACUUGCCGUUAGAACCGCUAACCGUUAAUCGGAUGCUGAGGAGUGUAAGCUACGAUCGUACAACUACGCGAAAAGAGAUUGUGGACAUUUUUCCUUUUUUUCUUUUUCGUUUCUCAUCACGAGGAAUGUCAGAUUCAUAUGGAUGUAACAUUGAGCGACGCGCGUUGAG